AUGUCUUUACGGUCUGGUUUUCUAUCCCUUCCCCGCGAGAUACGCGACAUCAUCUACGCAUUUUACGUGUUUGCGGAAGACGGAUAUACCUGCAAUUACGACAGACUAGCUGGCAGCAUUCUGAGCCAGCACGAGCUCAAUGCAAACACCCCUAGGCGCUAUGUUGCUGGCGUUCUGCAGAGGGCCGAUCUCCAACCGAUCGAUCUCAAUCUCAGCUACACCUGCCGCCUCGUGGCACGAGAGAUGAGGGGUGUCGCCCUGGAAACAAAUGCCAUCACCUUUUCCACAAUGACCUCGAAUGAAUUACGCACCAUCGCCUUGCGCUUCAACCAUUUCAUGGUCAAACGUUUCGACGGCGACCGAGAUGCCGCUUUCCGCUUCGCCGGCUUUGCGAUGCCGGAGGGUGAGAGACAGGGUCUCAAGCUCAAAUUUCCUCAAUUUGCGCCCUUGCUCGACCGCAUGAAGCAAGAGGGGAACACGCACCCCGAAACGAGACUCACAACAGGCUGGGACGGUUUAGCGCAGUGGUAUCGCACGGGAGGCGGGAGAUUCAGGUCCCGAAUGGGGCCGUAUGGGGAGGCACCCUCACUGUACCGGACAUUCCUGAAAGACGCGCUCACAGCAAUCGCCAGCUCGAAAUUUGGUCGUCAACAGAUUGAGAGGUUCUGGCGGGAGACCUGUCCAAAGUCAGCCCACCUUAUCCCUGCGCUUCGCGUGGUUGAAUGCAAGAUCCAGCACUGGGCUGUCCCGUCGGCGGAAGACAUGCGGUACCUAACUCUUGACCAGGCCUCAAACAGUCGGUCGAGAGGAACGCGUCUUCGGGAUCGCACAAAAUACCGGUUCUCGGCUGCAGCGGUUGCCAUUCACGUCCUGCAAUCUCUACCCGUUUCCUCACGCAUGCACCUACGGCGUGUGAUCUUGAACGAAGAUCGGGAGGCAGUGGCGGAUCCACAGUGCCACGGUCUCGGGCUGAUUCCAUUUUGCAAGGAAAAUCCUCUGCUUCGCGUGGAACGGCGUACUGAUACUGCCUAUAGAAGCCCGGAUGCGCGGUACAAGCCCAAAUAUCGAUAUACGCCUUGGGCUAUGGAUUCAUCUCAGGUCACGCACAACGUCUCCAGCUGGGUUAUAGAGGCAUUGGCCCUCGAGCCCGCGGGCAUGCCUUCAGGGUCAUUCUCGCUACUUCUGGAUGGCCAGCCAGUGCCCUGGCAAUGCACGCAAGUCUUCCAACUGAUUGUCCAGCGAGAUGCGGCUUGGCAAGCAGCAUGGCUUCUUUCCCUCGACCUAGGGAUCCUCCCGUCGCUGUCGUGGUUCGACAGAAAAGGGGAGUUGAGGGGAAGUCGGGUGCCUGACCUGCCGUCCGAGAAGUGGCCACAGGCUCUCCGAGAUAUCGCAGAGGGCAGCUCCAUCGUGAGAUGCAAUUUCGACGUUGGCGAUUCGUGGGACGUUGAAAAUAUUGUCGAGGACCACCGGCAAUGGACGGUUCAACAGUGGAUGGAGGGGUUGGGUAAGCGCGAGCCGUCGACGUGGGAGCCCGAUGCUCCGUUGCCUAAUUGGAGGGAAAUCAUAGAGGAAAACCUCGUUUACGUGGAGCCGGAGGAUGAUGUGUCGUCUACAGACUCCGAUAACGAGACGUACUCCGACGAGGAUGAUAGCUAA